AUGCACUGCAAAGAGGGUAGCAUAGACCUCACGGUCAACCCAGGAGGAAGGGCUAUGGGUGAAAUGAAUGCAUGUUGGAAAGGGCUGGAUGGGUGCAAUGGGACCAUGGAACUGGACUUUCCCCUCUACUUCUGCGACGCGUACACGAUUGUGACGACAUCUGGAAUGCCGCGAUUUUCGACUCUAUUCGACUUUCGAUUCUCUUUUCAUGCCGUUGCGGACAUUGCAAAGCCCGGAAGCCCAUCGUACACUCCGGACAUGACAUCGCGCAAGCGGUGUGCAGUCAGCGGAUACGGUGUGGUGAUGACGGCUCGCGAUGAUCUGCUCGCCGAGGAAGCACGUCGAUACUGGUGA